UUUUUUUUUAUCCAAUGGUUAGUCGAGCUUCCACUGCUAAGGCGGGAUUAAAUAAAGCCACAACUGGGGAUUGGAUAGGAGGCGCCCCCGCAAGUGCGACCACGGAGCCAAUAGCAGGCCCCGGAUUUCCUCCGAGCCCGCCCGCAGGCGAUACAUCUGUCUGAGGGGGAAAGCCGAACGCCGUCUUCCGCUGGCUGCCGUCCCGCUUGUGGCGUUGGUCACGUCAGUUCGGCCUAGCACUUAAUAAAAGAAAAAAAAAAAAAAAACCCCAAACAUUUUCCGCCAUGGCGUCAACGGCACUAAGAGCAGCCCUGAGAACACAGGUCCCACUGAGAGUUGGCCAUAGGUGCUACUCCUCCUCAGUGCCCACCACCAAGCUGCUCAUCGAUGGGAAGUUUGUCGAAUCCAAGACUUCAGAAUGGCUGGAUAUUCACAACCCUGCUACCAACGAGGUGAUCGCCCGCGUACCUAAAGCCACCCAGGAGGAGAUGCUGGCUGCCGUGGACUCUUGCUCCAGAGCCUUUCACUCAUGGUCUGAGACCUCCAUCUUGGCUCGGCAGCAGGUCUUUCUCCGCUAUCAGCAGCUUAUCAAGGACAACAUUAAAGAACUUGCUAAGGCCAUCACAGUGGAACAGGGCAAAACCCUUGCAGACGCAGAGGGGGACGUGUUCAGAGGAUUGCAGGUUGUGGAGCACGCCUGCAGCAUCACCUCUCUGAUGCUCGGUGAAACCCUGUCCUCCAUCACCAAGGAUAUGGACACCUACACCUACCGCCUGCCCCUUGGGGUGUGUGCCGGCAUCGCCCCCUUCAACUUCCCUGCCAUGAUCCCUCUGUGGAUGUUCCCCAUGGGCAUGGUGUGUGGCAACACCUACCUGCUGAAGCCUUCGGAGCGAGUGCCGACCUGCGCCAUGCUGCUGGCUAAGAUGAUGCAGGAUGCCGGUGCUCCGGACGGGACGCUCAACGUCAUCCACGGCCAACAUGCUGCUGUGAAUUUCAUCUGUGACCAUCCAGCCAUCAAGGCUAUCAGCUUUGUUGGCUCAAAUCAAGCUGGGGAGUACAUUUAUGAGAGGGGCUCUAAAAAUGGCAAGCGGGUCCAGUCAAAUAUGGGAGCCAAGAAUCACGGUGUGGUGAUGCCCGAUGCCAACAAGGAGAACACUCUGAACCAGCUUGUGGGUGCAGCGUUCGGGGCGGCGGGACAGCGCUGCAUGGCCCUGUCCACAGCCGUCCUGGUAGGCGAGGCACGGAGCUGGCUGCCGGAGCUGGUGCAGCGUGCCCAGGCUCUGCGCGUGAAUGCAGGAGACCAGCCUGGUGCAGAUGUGGGGCCUCUGAUCUCUCCCCAGGCCAAGGAGAGAGUCUGCAGUCUGAUCCAGAGUGGCGUGGACGAGGGAGCGAAGCUGCUCCUGGAUGGCCGAAACGUCAAGGUUAAGGGUUACGAGAGCGGCAACUUUGUGGGUCCCACCAUCAUCGGCAGUGUCACACCUGAGAUGAAGUGCUACACUGAAGAGAUCUUUGGGCCUGUGUUGGUUGUUCUGGAGGCAGACACUCUGGAUGAAGCCAUCAGUUUGGUCAACAGGAACCCCUAUGGCAACGGUACAGCUAUCUUUACCACAAACGGCGCCACUGCACGCAAAUACACUCACGAGGUGGACGUGGGCCAGGUUGGAGUCAAUGUUCCCAUCCCUGUUCCACUGCCAAUGUUAUCUUUUACUGGAUCCAGAGGAUCCUUCAGAGGGGACAUGAACUUCUAUGGGAAACAAGGCAUCCAGUUCUACACACAGAUCAAAACUGUGACCUCACAAUGGAAAGCUGAAGAUGCCACCUUGAAAAGUCCUGCAGUUACCAUGCCUACUAUGGGACGCUAAAUAAUCAAAGUGCCGCUGUUCGGUCUGAUAAACCAGAACACCUUAAUAACCCUUCUUCCACGCACAAAACAGAUUUAUUAUAUUAAAUAGGAAGAGUUCAUAAACACUAAAUACUCCCUUUUGAAAGACUUUAUAUUAGAUGUGUAUAUAUAGCUAUUCUGUAUAUGUAAACCACUGGCCAGAUUUUAACAAGGCAAAAGAUCUGUACACAAUCAAUGUUUGUGUGGAUCCAUGUAAUUUCCUCAAAUACAGUAUUGUCAUGGACCUGCUGCAUUGUAUUGCAGUACUAACC